AUGUCGUCCCAGACAUCAUCGUCGUCGUCGUCGUCGCCGGCCCCGGCAGCAGCAUCAAGCUCGCUGCCGGAGGCAAUCGCCAAGGCAGCGCUUAGCUUCCCCCAGAUUGGCAAAGCAGUCCUGCGCAUCCACUCUGGAUACCAGAGCUUCACCUCAAACCUCUCGCCCCAGUCCAAGGAGAGCUUUGCCAAGCUGUUCAUUCUCCUCUACAAGUCCGUGGUCCAGCUGGCCGGAUACAUCUCCGUCGCCUAUGCCUUCCUUAUGGAUGUCAAGGUGGCGCCGAGCCCGACCGAGUGGCAGCAGCCCGGCAACAUUCUGCUGCAGGUGCUUGCCAACCUGAUUCUGCUCUUUGCCCCAACUGUUGAAGAGUGGGCCGACAAGUUCCCCGAGGAUGGCCGGGCUCUGCUUGUGGCCAACCAGAAUCUCUACGGCCUGGAUCUGCUCCCUCUGCUUGCCGUUGUCUAUCUGAAGACGGGAAAACUCGUCCGGACCAUCUGGGAGCCGUUCCAUUUCAAGACUCCCAUUUACAAGCAUCUCAUAGAGUACUUUGGUGGUGUCUGCAACGAGCCGCACACACUGGAAGAGCUCAUGGAGGCGAGCUACCCCGUCGUGAUAUUCCCCGGAGGCAUGAAGGAGGCACUCAAGUCCAAGGAAGAUGCAAAGUACGGGCUGAUGUGGCCGAUGGGCAAGGUCAACUUUGCCCGAAGCGCUAUCCGAAAUGGAUAUACCAUCAUUCCAGUUGCCAGCGUUGGUGUCGAGGACAUGCUUCAAAUCGUUCACGAGAUCAGCCCUCAAGACUUUGACUUUUCUGCCAUCCUUGGAACGGAGUUUUCCAACCUGACGAUUCCCUUAGCCGUCCCCGGGAGCUACGAGCGUCUCUAUAUCCAUUUUGGCGACAAUAUCACGACCAAGACCAAGGACCCUGAAAAGGCCUCCAACGAUGUCAAGGCCAUCAAGAUGGUUCGCGAUCGGACUCGCGACGCCAUUUUGGCAGGCCUGGAGAGACUCCUCGAGCUUCAAGAGUCCGACCCAAAGCGAUUCAUCCUCGACCCGCUCUGGAAAGCCCUCGAGGACGGCAAGCAUUUUGCCAACGAGGCGCUGGAAGAUCCCCACGUCAAGAACGGGCUUACGGAGGGCCGCAAGACUCUCGCGAAGGGCCUGCUCUUCCUGGCCCGCAUUAUCGACCCCUACGUCGACAGCGAGAUGGAUCCUGCUCAAGUUGAGCUGGACAAGCUCGAGGAGUGA